UCAAAAAACAUAUUAUGUAAUUAUUUAUGUAGUAUGUAAUAAAAUAAAAUAAAAUUCAAACAUACUAUUGAUACAAAAUAAAUCUUAUAAAAAUAUAUUAACGGCAAACAGUACAUAUGUACAUAAACAGUGAUUCUUUGGAGGGGAGAACAUACCUAACCCUUAAAAUUUAAAUUAAACAUGGCGCGUCAAAGUGUUAAUGUAGAUUAUGAAAAAAUGCAUAAUUUGUUAGAUAAUAAAAAUAUUGACUUGGAUAAUUGCAGAAAGUUAAUUAAAUCGUAUAUUGAUCUGCAUUUAUACAGUGCAGCUUUGUUUUGGGCAGAUAAAGUUGUUUCAUUAAGUAAUGAAGAUCCUAAGGAUAUAUGUACGUUAGCUCAUUGUAUGUAUCUAAUGAAACAGUAUCAUAGAGCUGCACACCUUAUUAGAAACAAAGGACUAGAAAAGACAGAUGUAAUGUGCCAUUAUUUAACAGUAAGAAGUCUCUUAGAAGCAAAAGAAUAUAAUGAAGCAUUGCAAGUCAUUAAAGAAUCAGAGAUAUGUACAAACAUAACACAAUCAGGUUUUACAGAUCGUACUGAUAUAUUUGAAGAUGCUCCAAAAAAUGUACAAAGUUCAAUAUUGUAUGUAAAAGGAAGGGUGUAUGAAGCUAUGAAUAAUCAAGCAGUUGCAACUGAUUGCUACAAACAAGCUUUACAUUGUGAUGUUUAUUCCUAUCAAGCAUUUGAAGCAUUAGUUCAAAAUCAAAUGCUUUCAGCUUCUGAAGAAAAAGAACUACUGGAAUCUCUUCCAUUUAGUGAGCAAUGCACAGAAGCUGAAGCAGAGCUUUUACGGUUAUUGUAUGAAAGUAAACUAAAGAAAUAUCAAGAACCAAAUAAGAAACAAUCACUUGUAACUUGUAGUGUAAUGGGAGUUCUUGUCACAGAUAGAUUAUUAGAUAAUCUGGACAUGGAAGUUGCAGAAGCAGAAAGAUUAUAUUAUAACUGUGAUUAUCAUAAAUGCUUCUCACUUACAGAACGAAUAUUAAAAAAAGACCCUUACCAUAAUUCAUGUUUACCAAUACAUAUUGCUUGUUUAGUAGAACUAAAAAAGACUAAUGCUUUAUUUUAUUUGGCACAUAAGUUAGUUGAUUUAUACCCAGACAUGGCCUUAGCAUGGUUUGCAGUUGGAUGUUAUUAUUAUAGCAUAGGUAAAAGUGAUCCAGCUCGAAGAUAUUUAGCAAAAGCUACUGCCUUAGAUAAAUUAUUUGGUCCUGCUUGGUUAGCUUAUGGGCAUUCCUUUGCAGUAGAGAAUGAACAUGAUCAGGCAAUGGCUGCUUAUUUUAGAGCAUCUCAGUUAAUGAAAGGGUGUCAUCUGCCACUUUUAUACAUUGGACUUGAAUGUGGCUUAACAAAUAAUCUCAAAUUGGCUGAUAAGUUUUUCCAACAGGCUCAAGGAAUAGCUGCAAAUGACCCAUUUGUUAUACAUGAAAUGGGAGUUAUAUCUUUUUAUAAUUUAGAUUACAAAACUGCUGAACGGCAAUUUAAGGAAGCCAUGAAAAGAAUUCAAGGUGGUCUGAAGGAUGUUAUUCUACCUAGUAAAUGGGAAGCACUUCUGAAUAAUUUGGGUCACACUUGUAGAAAAAUGAAGAAAUAUGAAGAAGCAUUGGAAUAUCAUCAACAGGCAUUGGUAUUAAAUCCAUUGAAUCCAUCAACAUACUCUGCAGUAGGUUUUAUUCAUGCAUUGAUGGGAAACACACAGGAAGCUGUUGAUGCUUUUCACAGAGCACUUGGUCUAAGAAGGGAUGACACAUUUACAACAACUAUGUUAACUUAUUGUAUGGAACAACUCAUAGAGGAAUCACCUCCAUAUCCGGAUGCUCCUGUCGAGAUUCCGAAGUAUAAAUUUCCUGAAGUUAGACAUCAGGAAACAGACAAUACAGGGACGUUGGAGAGUGGAAAUAAUAUAACCGGACCAGCUAAUCAAGAUAUUGAUAAACUAAGAGUAAAUCUAUUUUCUGGAUGGGGAGAAGAUUCAAGUAAAACUGAAGACAAUACUUCUGAUAAAGUAGAUCACAAUCCACGAGAGGUUGUCGUAAAUUAUUCCAGUGAUAUCAGUUCCGAAGUUGAAAUGUUGGAUUCGUCGACUGCACAUAUAGAAUAAAGAAUGUAUGAAAUAAACAAUUUUUUAUAUAAUGAAUAGAAUUUUGGCUAUGUAAUAAAGCAAUGAUUUUUGCUUCAAAAA